CAAAGUGUAAAUACGUUGUUUUUGCGGUUCUUUUGAGAUGUGAAAUAAGCAGUCGGCCCAAUCUUAAAGGCACAUGCAUACAUAUGCGGUUGGUGGCCUCCAUAUACAAUAUGGUUGGCUGGCAUCAGCAAGGAUGGCACGCGCAAUGCCUUUAUCAUACUUUGAAGCAAGGGGUGAGCGCAACAACUUGAGGGUUGUGUUUUUAUAUCACCUCCCCCUUAAGGGGGGGUGCCCCAGAACUUUUUCAAUUUUUCUAAAACAUUAGACAAGGCCCUUGAUUUUUGAUAUUUUUUGGAUGAAAACGGGAUAAGCUGAUAUCAACCGCUGACAAUCGAACUGACAAAGAGAGGGCUUCUCGUGCCAUACCACGUUUGUCAAUACCGUGGUAUACCUUUUUGCCUGGGAUGUUCUAAGAUAAGACCUGCUGAGACCUGUUAUGACCUGGGUCACUUGGAUCAGGAUCCACUACUUGGAAUGCUCGGCCACCAGCCAGCAGCAAGUGGCCACCUUCCUCCGCAGCGAAGCGCGGCGCUUGGCGUCCGCUCGACCCUGGACCACCUCUUUGGUGGUUUGCAGGGAAGUGAAGGAAUGGGAGGACUUCGAUGCCUUUGAUGCAUGGGUGUUGAACAGCAUGCAUGACCUGGAUGAACUGGUUGGUCUGGUGGUCUUUCAUCUUUAUUUUGCUCGCUGGCCCUCGCUCGCAGCUGACGUGGUGGAAGGUCGUCAAGUGACCUCCUACUAUGAGGAGUCUGACGGCCGCAAGAGCAGCAAAGCGUUGCCCGCCACGGUGCAGUGCCUGGAUCCCAAGCGUGUGGGUGUGCGGCGGAUCGGCCUUCGCUUCCUGGAUGAUGGAGUGGUCCAGUGGGUGCCCAUCGAAUGGCUUCAAGGCUGUGGCGGUGUCCCUUUGUUGGACAAUGUGCUGCACCAAGCGCCGCAUCCGACGAUCCAUUUGAUCCGACGUGAAGACCUGGACUCCGUGAAGGAGGGCUCCUAUGGCACGGUGGCCUCGCUGCUGCGGCGGAACAGCGACUACCUCCGUGAGGUGGACCCGCCCCUCCUCCUGCGAGAAGCAAAAGGGGCCGAGCAGCGAGCGAGGUUCGACAGCCUGGAAGAGUCGUUUGGAGCCAAGCAAUGUCAGGUGUGACCAACUAAUGGGAGUGUUGGAUGCUUUUGGUCUAUUUUCCUUUGUCCAGGGGUUCUUUGGGG